AUGUCCUUACAUUACGGUUCCAAUUUAACCAAACUUUCUUUGUCCCCAGGGUACGCGGCAGCCACGUGCCGCUUCCCAGGUGCGCCGGCGCACUCCAAAGUCGCAUUUUCGGACGACGCCCUUUCAGAGGGGACGAUUGCAACCUACGCCUGCGAAAGAGGCUUCGAGCUACUGGGCCCGGCGAGGAGGAUAUGCGGGACCAAUGGGAAAUGGACGCCGGAUGGGAUACCAUUUUGUGUCCUAAACGUGGCAGCCGGCAAGGCGCCCAUGCAGGCGUCCACGGAAGACGGCGGGGUGCCCCAGAAGGCGCUGGAUGGAAGCUCAGCCUCCACCUUCAGCCCUGAGACCUGCACCUUAACCAAGGCUGAACGCGUGCCCUGGUGGUACGUGAACCUGCUGGAGCCUUAUAUGGUGCAGCUGGUCAGGCUGGACUUCGGGAAACCAUGCUGCGGCGCCAACAAGCCAGCUGUGAUAGUGGUGCGCGUGGGCAACAACCGGCCAGAUCUUGGAACGAACCCGAUCUGCAACCGUUUCACCGGCUUCCUAGAAGAAGGCCAGCCCCUCUUCUUGCCUUGCAACCCUCCAAUGCCCGGUGCUUUCGUCAGUGUGCAUUUAGAAGCGUCAAGCCCGAGCCAGUUGUCCAUUUGCGAAGCUUUUGUGUACACGGACCAAGCGCUGCCCAUUGAACGGUGCCCGCAGUUCAGAGACCAGCCCCCUGGCAGCACAGCCACGUACAAUGGCAAAUGCUACAUCUUCUACGACAGACAGCCGGCCAACUUCAGGGAUUCCUUGGGCUUCUGCCGGUCUCGAGGAGGCUCCCUGGUGGACGAGAGCAACCCGGCGCUUCAAGGCUUCAUAAGCUGGGAACUUUGGAGGAGGCAUCGCAGUGACAGCAGUAGUCAGUACUGGAUGGGGGCAGUCCGGGACCCCCAGGACUCAUCCAACUGGAAGUGGGUGAAUGGGAAUGACGUCACGGUGUCGUUCUGGAACGCCCCCGGAGGCACCGAGGGCUGCGCACGAUUCGACGGCAGCAAGGGCUGGCUGUGGGCCGACACCGACUGCCAAGCCAGACUGAACUAUAUUUGCCAGCACCAGCCUAAGGCAUGUGGCAGGCCAGAACAGCCCCCGAAUUCCACCAUGACAGCGGAGAGCUUCGAGGUCGGGGCCUCCGUGGAGUACUCCUGCGACGAAGGCCACCUGUUGGUCGGACCCACCGUCAGGACCUGUCUAGACACAGGGUUCUACGAUGAGUUCCCGCCUGUAUGCAAACGAAUUGAAUGCGGCUACCCUGCGGACAUCCAGCACGGUUCGUACGAGCUGAUCAACGGAUCCGUCUCGUACCUCUCCCAUGUGCAGUACUCGUGCGACUUGGGCUACGAGAUGGUGGGACGGUCACGACUGGUUUGCGAUAUCGACGAGCGGUGGAACGGACCGCCGCCGAGAUGUGACGUGGUGCAAUGCGAGCCGCCGCUGCAGAUUGCGAACGGGCGAGUCACUAUCGCGCAGAACGCGUCUACCUUCGGCGCUACGGCUGAAUACUCUUGCGCGCGCGGCUACAAGCUGCUCGGCGCCAGGGUCCUGUCCUGCCUCGCGACUGGCCUGUGGGACAACCCCACCCCCCACUGUCAUCGUAAGCAACAGACUUUAAAUGCUGAAGAACGUUCAACGACCACCACAACGACGACGACGACCACGCCUGCUCCCUCACCUCUGCCGACCACCACUCCCCUCUUACCCUCUCCUUCCCUCCCCACCACCCCCCGCUUGCUGCCCACGCGACCUCGUCCUGCGCCUCGGCCCUCGUCGCCAACGCCGUUCUCUCCUCCCGAGACCACCAGACGUCCGCGCCCGAAGACGACCACCGAGCGAGUGACGACGCGAGCGUACGAACGGCCGCCGGAAAGGAAGACUGUGACGGUGGGCGAUGCGCAGGAGUCGCCGACCAGCCACGUGCCGCAUAUCAUCGUGGCCAGCCACCCGAGAGAAAAUCAGAUCCUUGGCAGCGGCAACAACAUCCGAGCAGAACAGACGCCGCGUGUGAACGUGCCUUUGUCUGUGGACGGCGAGAGGCGGGAGACUCUGGGGGCGCGGCUCAACAUAGGAGCCGUAGUCGCUCUGGGGGCCUUCGGGGCCUUGGUGUUCCUGGUCGCCAUCAUCACCACAAUUGUCAUCUUAGUCAGGAGGAAACACCACGACGGGAAGCGGUACCGACACCACGUGUCGCCCGACUGCAACACGGUGGCGUCUCUCGACUCCUCGUCCUCAGAGUCGCGGAGCGGCCUGAACCGGUACUACCGGCAGGCCUGGGAGGAGCUGCACGAAGCCGCCGGCGCCAAGCACCCACACAGGAGGCACGACAGGGAAGCCCCCAAGGACGGAUCAGAGCUCGUCGUGUCCGACGUCUACCCCGCCCCACCCCGCGACAAGCGGCGCCACCACCACCACCACCACAGGGAGCCCCGCCACCCCGAGUGGCACGCGCCCCACCGCACCACCCACAACCACAAACCCAGGUAUUAGGGGCGACACCACGUGAAGGACCCUUAUUACCCGAACCCAGUGACAACGAAUGUAUUAAUUGAACGCUAGUAUUUAUAGUGAAAGAGAUAUGACUGAUGAAUUCACCCCCAUUGAUUUGUAGGUACAAUUAUUUCGGCAUACUUUUUUUCAUCUCUUCAAAUCGAAAUCAUUGAUCGUGGUGUUAAAUUACAUUUAGCUUUGUACGUGUUAUGCUAAAUAGACCAAAUAACUACGCAAGCUUCCAUUUUAAUUUAUUUCGUAGUCUAGAGAAUGUUUAUUCUUAAAUCUAUAAAAUAUAUUAUCUCGAGUAGUUAGAAAUAAAUACAUGACUUGUAACUAGAAUAGCCCGUAUUGAUAUUUAUAUGGGACUUUUUCUUCGGUGUAUUUUUCGUAACUGAUAAAUCUUUGAUAGUUUUGUUUCAAAGAUUAUUAAUCUUCAGUAACUCUUGACUUGAUUGCUUUAACUAUGAUAUCCUUGAUCUUUUCUUAGAUAUAUUUGGGACGUCAUUUUCAUUCUGAUUUUCAUAUAAAUGUAGGUAGUUAUUAAUUAAGAGGUUACAUAAUGUGUUGUACAUAGUUGCUAUGUAUUUUUUCGUAAGAUUAGAUUGAAGAUAAUCAUUGUUCGCGCUCUAACUUUCCUGUCUCAUUUUAAUUGUUAUAAUUACGACGUUAUUAAUUAUUGGACUGUGAAUUAUAUCCAAGAUUGUUUUAGUUAGUUUUUAAGUUGUAAAAAUGUAUUUAAUGAUGAAGUUUUAUUAAAUGUGUUACAGCCUUCUGAGAGAUGGCGGGUGAUUGGUGUUAUUGUUUCCAGAAAUAUAUUGUUUUAACUAAAAUUAAUUCAUUCAAGUCAAGUAGGUAGGUACUUAAAAAGAGCUAUCAAUUUAAAUUAAGAAUCGAAGAAAUUAGUGGAUAUUAAAACCAUAGAAAUGUUGAAGUUUUUUGCUAAAGACGAAGCAAAGUCGUUUGAUUAUUGGU